ACCUUGGUUUCCCUUGCUACAUUUCUUUCUCUUCCCUCGUCGUUACGGUUGAAUUGGCACAGCGAAACCUUUGUAUCAUUAUAACCAAGCUUUUGGCACAUAUCCGGCAUACUAAUGUCGGGCAUAACCUGGCACUACGUUCUCAAAUUCAUCAUAACAGGAGAUGCAGCUGUGGGGAAAUCAUCACUGCUUGUCCGUCUCACAGACCAGAGGUUUCUGACAAAUCCUGAUCCCACUCUAGGAGUGGAAUUUGGUUCAAAGUUGAUCGAGAUACCAGAGGAAGGAAAGAUAGUGAAACUCCAAUGCUGGGAUACUGCCGGCACAGAGUCAUUCAGAUCUAUCACGCGGUCGUACUACCGAGGUGCUGCGGGGUGCCUACUGGUAUACGACGUGACAUCUCGCGCAAGUUUCACGAACGCUCGGUCUUGGCUAGCGGACGUAAGAGAGCAUGCAGACCCGCAUUUAACAUGUAUAUUGGUGGGGAACAAAGUUGACCUAUGCGAGGCGGAAGACGGAACGUCGAAUGGUCGAAGAGAAGUUUCGACUGCAGAGGGAGAAUUAUGGGCUAAAGAGGACGACCUGCUUUUCGUGGAGGCUAGCGCAAAGUCUGGUGUCAACGUCGAAAUCGCAUUUGAGCAGGCAUCCCGAGAUAUCUUGGACAAGAUAAAGCGUGGGGUAUUUGACGACGACCGAUCUCCCGGUGUGAAACUAUCGAAACCAGCCAAUAGCAAUCUCAAUAUAGACCAAGGUUCGACACGACCGACUUGUUGCUCGUAAGGAACAUUAUUAUUUCUUCAUUUAUUAAGGAUUAUAUGUAGAGUGUUGUAGGAUAUUAUAUUACCAGACAUGAUCAUGAUUAUUAUAAUUACUUCGUAUUGCAUGCAUAUGAUAGUGGUUUAGGGUUAUGAGGAGUAGAUGCCAAUAUAGAUGGAGAAAACUGAAUAAGUUAUACAAAGGUUUCUGCAGUGGAUAGUGGAUAAAUGUGUAAAUGGUAUCACUAAAAGAAAGUCUGUCAUGGAACGUCGUAUCAUAUCAAAGCGCGGACAGCAAAAAAAAAAAAAACCAAAAAGCCCAUUCUAUCAACAUGACAAGACUUAUCGUAAGGAGUCAGCAUACUCCUGGAGUUGCUGUACAAACCCAAAGUUAGGUUCGGCAGCUCUUCUUUUUGAUUUUAUGUACUGGACAGCCUGGGCAGAAGUCCAGCCAUACUCGGCAAUGAGAAAUGCGCAGACGACACUAGCGCUGCGGCUUAUGCCCUGCUCGCAGUGCACUAGGACCCGGGUAGUUGGGUCUCGCAGAGCAUCGCGAAGGAAGGCAGUGGUGGCGGGAAGAUGGGCAGCGAGCUCGGAAAAGGGGAGAUCAUCUAGAGGGACUUGGGCACGAUGGAUGUGUAGUUCUGGGGGUACGGCGACGAAGCCACGCAUAGCUGAGAGAAUGUGAGUGAUACCCAUUGUAGUGAGAGCUGCGGGGUUUUCUGCGAUGUAGAUAUCGGAGACAUAGAGUCUGGGUAUUAUUUCCGAAGCACGAGAGUUGCGGUGCGAGAAGGGGGUGAGGGGGCUUGGGCUCUGGGGUUGUGCAGGCCAUGAGGACAUAGUGGGCAGGUGGAUGCCAGAUUUGGACGAUAUGGAACGAGAGUCUCUAGUCAUGGCAACUUUUGACAGACAAGUGGACAGUUGGGAGAGAAGGCGCAAGUAUAGAAUGAAGAUCAAACUCGAGGCAAAGCCACUCGUGGCCACGAGACAAAGGGGGGUUCUAUGAAAAGAUGGGGCGGGGAGCGCCCUUGUUAAUUGUCGACAUGAAGACGUCCACAGGGUCCCUUUAAUAUGUCAGAUCUUGUCAGAGCCUACGGCAGGCUUAUGCCAAUAGCCGUAUGCUACAGGCGGUGCCGAAAGGUCGGGGCGGGGUCAUCUCGUCGGGAUACAUGAGGCUCGCAAUCUCGCAAGCCUGACCUGUGCUUGGAGCCAUUAUCCCGAGUAUUCGAGGCUCGAAUGUAUAGCCUUGCAGCGGACCUUGCAUCAAAUAAAAUAUCUGGAUCAGUCGAUAUACAGC